GCUGCGGCGGUUAGAGCCGGCUCUGCGGCGGCUGUGCGGCGGGAAAACGUCGCGUUAACGUAGAAUUUGUACGCUCGUGUACACGUUAAGAACACCAGCGCUUUAGAUGACACUGUUUUAGUGACGUUUGUACAGCGGCGUGUAAAGAAAAAAGGAGGAGGAGCAGGAGGAGGAGGGGCGCCACAGCGCCACGCACGGAGCUGCGGUGAGUGAGCGAACAGCAGCAGGGAGACGAAGCUCCAGCAGCAUUUUUUUUUUUUACCCGAACACAGCGACUGAAACUCGGCGGAAAAGGCGCGGACAUGCCGGGCAUGAUGGACCGAGGGUCCGAGUACUUGGGUAAAGGUCGCUCGAACGGAACCAAGAGUCCGUCCAACGCGUCCAACGGACACAUUUCUGAUGAGAGCGGCAGCGACGACGAGCACGAUGUGGGGAUGCGGGUCGGACCGGAUUAUCAGGCCACGAUCCCCGAACUGGAGACCGGUACAGCUAAGUACAUGGACAAAGAUGGCGGCGGGAUGUUGGUCUGGUCUCCUUAUCACAACAUCUCUGACUCCAAACUGGACGAGUACAUCGCGAUCGCCAAAGAGAAACACGGAUACAAUGUAGAGCAGGCUCUCGGCAUGCUCUUCUGGCACAAACACAACAUCGAGAAAUCUCUCGCCGACCUCCCGAACUUCACUCCUUUCCCUGACGAGUGGACAGUGGAGGACAAGGUUCUGUUUGAGCAGGCGUUCAGUUUCCACGGGAAGAGUUUCCACCGCAUCCAGCAGAUGUUACCAGACAAAUCCAUAUCCAGUCUAGUGAAGUACUACUACUCCUGGAAGAAGACUCGCUCCAGGACGAGUCUGAUGGACCGUCAGGCUCGCAAACUGGCCAACAGGAGCAACCAGGACGACAGCGACGAGGAGAUGGAGGAGGCCAAUCCCAUCGAGGCCAACGACAGCGACUAUGACCCCAACAAGGAAGCCAAGAAAGAGAUAACUGAUCGCCGUCUGAUCAAGGCUUUCAGUUUAAAAAAUAAAAUAAUGGCAGGCUCAGGCCUCCGUACGUCACCGUUAACCCCGCCUCCUCCCCCCCAGAACCAGGUAGAGCCAGCGGUGCCGGGCUCGAAGGUGGCUCUGGGUCGACGGGAGCAUCAGACCCUGCAGCACCGGCACCACCAGCGCUCGCGCUGCCGUCCACCUAAAGGCAUGUACCUGACACAGGAGGACGUGGUGGCCGUGUCCUGCAGCGCCUCCGCCGCUAACACCCUCCUCCGUCAGCUGGACAUGGAGCUGGUGUCCCUCAAGAGACAGGUGCAGAAUGCCAAACAGAUGAACAGUGGACUCAAACACCUGCUGGAGUCUGGGGUCGAAGAGCUAAGGCUGCCGGAGUGUAACCAGAAGGUGAAUGCUCGCUGGACCACGGACGAGCAGCUGCUCGCUGUCCAAGGUGUCAGGAAAUACGGGAAAGACUUUCAGGCCAUCGCCGACGUCAUCGGCAACAAGACGGUCGGACAGGUGAAGAACUUCUUUGUCAACUACCGGCGACGCUUCAACCUGGAGGAGGUGCUCCAGGAGUGGGAGGCAGAGCAGGGGACUCGAGCACCCAAUGGAGACGGUGCCACCUCUGGUGAGGAGGGGAAGAACAACUCCACCACUCCGUCCGGGAAGAGCACGGACGAAGAAGAUGAAGAGGUGGCCUCCUCUGGUGCGUCUCCUGCCGCCUCCUCCUCAUCGUCUUCAGCCCAGACACCGGUGACGUCUAGCUCCGCCUCUUCCUCCUCCCUCCACCAGCCGCCCCCCCUCCUGCGGCCAUCCCUGCCGGCCACGCCCUCCCUGCACCGCCAGCCCCCACCCCUCCAGCAGCAGGCCCGCUUUCUGCAACCCCGCCCCGCCCUGCAGCAGCCCCCGCCCCUUAUACGCCCCUCUAACCCACUACCGCCACGCCUCAACCCCCGCCCUCCAGCUCCCAUGACGCUCGGUGGGAACCCCGGUGGGUCAGGUCCAAGCUCCGCCCAGCAGUCCUCGGGCCUGGCCAUCCACCAAUCAGAGACGGCCUCGUCGUCGUCCCUCCACUAACAAACGGCAAAUUGAGAGUCACGAGAAAAGAACGUCUGGCUGCUGCGAGUUUUCUCUUUUAAAAGCGACAAAUUUAAAAUCCUGAUUUGAUUGUUUACAGGGUCAAAGUACGUUUGUCCCACAGCACCUGGAGGUAGUGCAGCAGUUGUUUGUUUUGUAAACGUUCGAUGAGACGACAUGUUGCGUUUUAACAGAUUAUUAAUCCAUUCAUCAUCAGAUAAUCUGUAAUCAUAGUAAGAGUGGUGGCGUUCCACAAGGUUCCAUCCUGUGCCUCCUCUCUUUUCUUUGUUCUCAUUCACAGACUUUGACUCUGUGUCUUUGUUGUGAGGAUGAACUUAUUCCUGUCGCUCCACCCACUGGACAAAUGUUACAUUUUAAUCUCUCAAUUUUAGUUUUAUUUUGUCAGGGACUAUUUCCUGCACGGCGAAGUGUCGCAUUCUGUGGCGUGUACGUUAAUCUGUACAUUGACUUGUUCAGUUUACGAUUCAUUUGUAACAAUUUUUCUGUUCCUUUGAUCGCAGCUGCAGCGUGACAUGAACGACGUAAUUAUCCCUUUAACGUUCUCACAGUAGCUGUUUUUUUAUAUUUUAUUUUGAAAGUUCAAAGUCGUCUUUGUCGUCUUCUUCUGUCUCUGUUAUUUAUUCUCUUCUUUUUUCCGACUCCAUCGUAGUGAGAGAAAAACUUUGUGAACAUAAAUCGUGAACUGGAAUCAUCGUAAAAAUCCCGACGUUCACACGAAGCUGCUGCGAUUUUUUUUUCUCCUACAAAAAACCCUACAUUUGUAUCACAUGACUGUGGUUGUGAUGUCACUCCUCGUUAACAACAGCGCCACCAUGUUUGUAAAUACUUAGUUACAAGGGAAUAAACACAAUCCUGUCAAAUAAA